AUGGAUCCCAACCGAGAGAUAGCUAAUGAUGUUGAAAGUAAUGCGUUGGCUCCCACCCAAGGGACAGCACCAUCUGAAAACCAACAUCCCCCACCCCCACCUAACACCCAACCGGUUCCCGUAGCUCCCCAAGGUGUAGAAUUGUUAAGAUUGAACAAACCUCUAGUUGAUAAAAUUCAGAAACAAGAGGCUAAAGAAUUUAGAGCCAGUGUUGAUGAUGAUCUCGAGAGAGUAGAGUUUUGGCUUGAGAACCCUAUCAAGAGGGAUAAGUCUGUGGCUGAAUAUGAGGCAGAAUUUUUACGAUUGAGCCGCUAUGCGCGAGGCAUGGUGGCAACUGAGUAUAAGCGUUGCGUGCGGUUUGAGGACGACCUCAGAGAUGAUCUACGAGUUUUGAUAGCUCUACAGAGGGAGCGGGAUUUUGUUGUAUUAGUGGAAAAGGCGAAGAUCGCUGAGUAUGUGAAAUGUAUUGAGCGCCAAAAUCGUGAAUUAGACAGGCCUUAUACUAUUUGUGGGAAGCACCAUCAGGGCGAGUGCUGGGUACAGAUAGGGGCAUGUUUGAGGUGUGGAUUUAUGGAGCACCAUAUCAGGGAUUGUCCACUGAGGCCCGUUCGGAAGCAAGCUACUGGUAGGGGCAGAGGUGCUGGAAAUACUAAGGUGAGGCAGUCAGCACUGGUUGAUGCUGCACAUCGCCGAGAGGACGGAGACGGCCCAGCUGUUAUUAUGGCUACGUUCUUUAUUCAUAAUAUACCCUAUACUGCACUAAUUGAUGUUGGAUCUAUGCACUCUUAUAUAGCAUGCACUGUGUCUGAGACUUUGGGCAUAAUGGUUGAAAACACUACGAGUCAGGUUACCGUGUUGAAUUCAUUAGGGCAGUCAGUGAGAGUGAACAAAUUGUUUAAGGAUGUACCUUUGGAGGUUCAAGCAAUGGUAUUUUUAGCUAACUUGAUGGAAUUUCCUUUUGGGGAAUUUAACGGGCAUGGACUGGUUGGUUAA